AUGAGAUCAAAACCAAGAAAUCAGAAAGCGAUCUUGAUCCCAACAAUUCAAUCCAUGCGUGUCACCUGCAAUUGCUUCACGCUGUUGGGACCUCUGCUCCCAUUUGAGCAUGCUCACCACGCUGCCUCUGCUCCUUCUCCCAUGCUUGCUUUACUAUCCAACUUGUCGCUAUCUCAGUGUGUUAGAGGAACCCCAGGUUGCACCAACCAACCAUGA